CAACACCCGACAGACAUACAUAGGAAAGUAGAGAUUUGAAGAGUAAUGGGAUUUCUUGACCAUAUUUCAGAUGUAUGUGCAGUUACAAGCACAAGAAAGAGCAAAAGAAAGCCAAUGCAGACGGUGGAAAUCAAGGUGAAAAUGGACUGCGAGGGAUGUGAACGAAGAGUUCGAAAUGCGGUUUCCUCCAUGAAAGGUGUAAAAUCGGUGGAUGUAAGCCGAAAGCAAAGCCGAGUAACAGUGAGUGGGUACGUGGAACCAAACAAGGUCUUAAACAGAGUGAAGAGCACAGGAAAGAAGGCUGAAAUUUGGCCCUAUGUCCAAUACAAUUUGGCUUAUUACCCUUAUGCCCCUCAAGCCUAUGACAAGAAGGCACCUUCUGGCUUUGUGAGGAAUGUUGCUCAGGCAUUUCCAAGCCCCAACGCCCCUGUCGAGAAGUACACCACACUGUUCAGUGAUGACAACGUUAAUGCCUGUUCAAUUAUGUAAUCAGAUACAAUAUGUUCCAACGUUCUGUGUUUGGAUUCAAAAUUUUGAAUUUAUAUAGAAGUGGAGAAUGAGUAAUGUGGGAAAUUCGAUUUUUGUUUCUUUA